AGCGCGCGCGCGCGUGCGGGAGGGGGCGGGUGGGGAAGCAGUGGCAGCAAAGCUCCCGGAGGCGAGGCUCGCACGCCCGCCCCCGCCCUGGCCCCAGCGCCCACCCGGUCGGCCCGGCCCAGCCAUGAUCAAGGCCAUCCUCAUCUUCAACAACCACGGGAAGCCGCGGCUCUCCAAGUUCUACCAGCCCUAUAGUGAAGAUACGCAACAGCAGAUCAUCAGGGAGACUUUCCAUUUGGUGUCUAAGCGAGAUGAGAAUGUGUGUAAUUUCCUAGAAGGAGGGUUAUUAAUCGGAGGCUCUGACAACAAGCUGAUUUAUAGACAUUAUGCAACACUAUAUUUUGUCUUCUGUGUGGAUUCCUCAGAAAGUGAACUUGGCAUUUUAGACCUAAUUCAAGUAUUUGUGGAAACAUUAGAUAAAUGUUUUGAAAAUGUCUGUGAACUGGAUUUAAUAUUCCAUGUAGACAAGGUUCACAAUAUUCUUGCAGAAAUGGUGAUGGGGGGAAUGGUAUUGGAGACCAACAUGAAUGAGAUUGUUACACAAAUUGAUGCACAAAAUAAACUGGAAAAAUCUGAGACCUUUAUCUUUCAGUCUCCCAGACAGGACAGGUAGACAAGCACAUAGUUUACACUGGCCUAUUUUGUAUCAGUCAAGAUUUAUCUCAGGUAACAACAGCUUUAUUAUUACUAUUAUUUUAACUAAAAGAGGUAGGAUUACAGAAGAAAAAUGUAAAUUAUGAAAAGGGACUUUAAAACUAUUGCUUCUAAUUUCAUGGAUAUUGUCUUUUUAUAUAUGUAAUUGAGCAAAGGGGGAAGUGUUUGUUUGUUUUGUGUAAAACAGUGCCACUCAACUCAGAUGGAUUUGUUGGCUUUGCUUUUUAUAUAGUCUGAAUUUUUAAAGACAGUGAAAUCUUAUUGGUGUAUGUUAAAUCUUGACAGUGAAGCCUAUUAAUUUAACUCAAAAAUUAUAUAUAUGUAGUUUUCUUUCAUUUUAAAUCAUAGUUUCUAACAAAUUAUCUGACAAAUUAUACAGGUUCCUUCUAGAGGAAUCCAAGUAUAUGCACUAAUGGUGAUAAGUGAAAUUUAAACUUCAUUUCUUUAUAUAGACUAUUCUUUCUCUAAGUUUGUGUGGUUGAAACUUAGCAUACGUUGUUGAGUAUAAUCAGAGGACAAAGCAUGCUUACUCAUUUGAUUCCCACUAAUGCCUUGCUCCAUGCAGUUUCAGUCUUAGGAAGAAUUAUUCUUUUUGGAUUAAGGCUUCCCUAAAGAUGUAAUAUAUUUUUAAUGUCUUAGACCUUUCUUAGAAACUAUGGAAGAGCCCCAACUGUAAUAAGUCCAAUUUCAUUGUUUUAAAAUGUAAGGAUUUAGCCCUGAAUGAAGAAGCUAAAUAAUUGUUAUUACUUUUGUUUUAUAAACAUAUAUUGAUUAUUUCCAUUUUAAAAUAAAAACAAAUCUAUCAUGUUUGUUUCAAAAGAUGUUUAAUAAGGAAAAUAAUCUAAAUCAUUCCUCAAAACUGAUGUCUGUUAAAUUGUAGCUAAAAUUUAGCUUUUAUUUGAACACUGUGUGGUAUCUGGGUAGCACACAUAACUUGUACUUAAGUCUUUCUUUACAUUGUUAUUGCAUGUAUUCAUUGUAUUUUCUAAUGUGUCAGCUGUUUUCUCUUUAUAGAUUAGUAUUUCAAAGUAACCAUCUCAUACUGAUUCAAACUGCCAUCUGGUCUCUGAGCUUGUUAUGUGAAAACCUUUGACCAUUGUCCUCCAUUGCUGAGUUUGUUUGUAAUGAGCUACACCUGAGUUGUACAUUUUCUUUUUCUUUUAUUUGCUUCUGUAUACAGGCUGGCUUAGCAGGAGCUCCAGCCCGUGCUGUAUCAGCUGUAAAGAAUAUGAAUCUUCCUGAGAUCCCAAGAAAUAUUAACAUUGGUGACAUCAGUAUAAAAGUGCCAAACCUGCCCUCUUUUAAAUAAAAUAUUAAAAAGGC